AUGUCCAUCCCAAUUCCCAGCCGUCAACUAUUCAUAGACGGUGACUGGAAAGCCCCUGUCCUCAACAAACGGAUUCCCAUCAUCAACCCUUCCACGGAACAGAUCAUCGGGGAUAUCCCAGCCGCUACUAAGGAAGACGUCGUCCUUGCCGUUGCCGCCGCUAAAGCCGCCCUCUCCCGCAACAAAGGCGCCGAUUGGGCCUCCGCCUCGGGCGCCGUUCGGGCCCGCUAUCUCCGUGCCAUCGCUGCCAAGGUUACCGAGAAAAAACCCAAGCUCGCAAAACUUGAAGCCAUUGAUUGUGGAAAACCGCUGGAUGAAGCCGCGUGGGACAUCGACGAUGUCGCUGGUUGCUUUGAGUUUUACGCUGAUCUGGCCGAAAAAUUGGACUCCAAACAAAAGACUCCGGUGUCUCUUCCCAUGGACACAUUCAAGAGUUACGUUCUUAAGGAGCCAAUUGGGGUUGUGGGAUUAAUAACUCCCUGGAAUUAUCCUCUAUUGAUGGCUACGUGGAAGGUUGCUCCUUCUCUGGCUGCGGGUUGUGCUGCAAUAUUGAAGCCCUCUGAGUUGGCAUCUGUGACUUGUUUGGAGCUAGGUCAGAUUUGCAAAGAAGUGGGGCUUCCUCCCGGUGUGUUGAACAUUCUCACUGGACUAGGACCUGAAGCCGGUGCGCCAUUAGCGGUCCAUCCUGAUGUCGACAAGAUUGCCUUUACUGGAAGCUCUGCAACUGGGAGCAAGAUUAUGACGGCCGCAGCUCAGCUGGUGAAGCCUGUUUCACUAGAGCUUGGUGGAAAAAGUCCAAUCAUUGUUUUUGAGGAUGUUGACCUUGACAAGGCUGCUGAGUGGGCCAUCUUUGGCUGCUUCUGGACAAAUGGUCAGAUAUGCAGUGCAACUUCCCGCCUUAUUGUACAUGAAAGUAUCGCAACAGAGUUUUUGAAUAGGAUUGUGAAAUGGAUCAAAAACAUCAAAAUUUCUGAUCCCUUGGAAGAAGGUUGCAGAUUAGGUCCUGUUGUAAGUGAAGGACAGUAUGAAAAAGUACUGAAGUUUAUCUCAAAUGCCAAGAGUGAGGGUGCAACCAUUUUGACUGGUGGGUCUCGCCCAGAGCAUCUCAAGAAGGGAUUCUUUGUUGAACCAACUGUCAUAACUGAUGUGACUACCUCCAUGCAAAUUUGGAGAGAAGAAGUAUUUGGACCUGUUCUUUGUGUAAAAACAUUUAGCACUGAGGAAGAAGCUAUUGAUCUAGCUAAUGACACUGUAUAUGGCUUAGGUUCUGCUGUAAUAUCAAAUGAUCUAGAAAGAUGUGAGCGCAUUACUAAGGCUUUUAAGGCUGGAAUUGUGUGGAUUAAUUGCUCUCAACCAUGCUUCACUCAAGCCCCAUGGGGAGGCGUUAAACGCAGUGGCUUUGGUCGUGAAUUAGGAGAAUGGGGACUUGAUAAUUACUUAAGUGUGAAGCAAGUGACUCAGUACAUCUCUGAUGAACCGUGGGGCUGGUACCAGUCUCCUUCAAAGCUGUGA